AUGCAUCGACUUUUUGCUGAGCUGGAGCCAUCUGUAACCGUCACCGAGCAAAACCUGGCAGACCGAGUUCGGUAUAUCUUGCGCUCAAAUACAUUUGAUGUCACCGAACUCGAACGGCUACGACGUGAGGCUCUUCCUUCAUCGGGUGAAAAUGCUGCGGCUGAGGAUGCGGCGCCACAACUUGCUGAGCAAACGGCAAACGUGGAUGCCGCCGUGAAUACCCCAGUUGUGGUUGAUUCAAAUGAUGAUGGAACAGUCGCCCAGGAACUGGAACUAGAGCAAAUGAGGAGUACAUUGGAAGAGGCGAUUGUGAAAACGCGCAGUACACCUCUCGAAAAUUGA